CGUUCUGGCCAGGGCUGCCGCCAAAAAUCCAGGGUUCUAGAACACUAGCCGGUGCUGCUCAGCCGUCAUCCUAAUCACCUCCGCCUUCACUCAGGUCCAUCAACACAAACGCAUCUCCAUUCAACAAACACCGGCACCACUCACCGUUCCGGCCAUACUGCCGCCGCCAUUCCUGAUCUCUAUUUGGGUGUUAUUCCUAGUAAUGGCUACUGAUGGUUUCAAACGAUCAUCGAUAGCCCCACCUCCACGAAGUCUCAAUGUUGAGAAAUUUGCAGAAUCCCGAGCUUCUGAACUUGAGGCUCUUCACUCAAUUGUGGCAAAUCGGCUGAACAACAAUUUCCGGUCUCAGAGAAACAAGAGAAGAAGGACCACUGGGCAUGAUAACAGAGAUGCAAACAAGAGAUUCAGAAAGAGGGAGAAAAUAGGGGUGGUUGAUAAAGGCAAUGUUGUGACUUCGGAGAAAGAUGAGAAGAAAGUUCCUCGUCGCAUUCGUCGGCGAGUUGAACUCAGAAGAAACACCGAACAUGGUUACUCUACUUCCGGGGAUGGUACCAAGAGGCUGAGAACCCAUGUUUGGCAUGCAAAGCGCUUUACAAUGACAAAGCUUUGGGGUUUCUACCUACCUGUGGGUUUGCAAGGCAGAGGAAGGGGUUCACGGGCUCUCUUAAAGUGGUUCAGACAUGGAGCUCUUGUACAUGAUGCUUGCUACCACAUUGCCCUGCAAUUGGAGGGUCCAGAGGAUUUGUUACUUUCAAUUCUAAGCAUGGUAUUAGUGCCUUCUCCAUCAGCUCACUCUGAGGAUAUUUCCCGUUCUGUGCUUUCUGGAGCUGCCUAUGGAAGGGCUAUGCUUCAUCAUAUUGGAGCACCAGGUUCUAAAUCAAUUGCCCCUGUAACCUAUAUGUGGAGACCCAUACAGAAAAAAGAUACAGGUAUUGGAGCAGAACAUGAUGUUGAUUCUGUUAACAGCACACGGACAUAUGAGUGUUGUUCUUCCUUCCGCCAGCUAUGGGUGUGGAUGCAUGCCUCAGCUUUCAAUGAAGGAUAUGAUGCUCUGAAAUUUGCUUGUCAAAAACUGAUGGAUGAAACUGGCAUCUUGAUUAAUUGUUUUUCCCUUGAGGGCCAACUUGCUAAAUUGGAAAUAAUGGGAUCAAAGGCAUUUGGACUUCUUCAAAAGAUACUGCAUCCUAUUCCUUGUAAAACUUUGAAAUCCUGGCAACUGACUAAGUGCUCUAGCCUUGACCAUGAAGAUCAGAUUCCUUCUUGUGCAAUUCUAUCUCUUACAGUUGAUGAUCCACGCAAUUUGCCUGAGAAAAAGACUGCAGUUGUUCCAGAAGUGGCAUCUAAUAGAGUGCUUGGUGAUGCAUCAGAGAAUGAAGCUAAGGAAAAUACUUCUUUAGAAGGAAAUCAGGACUUGGAUUUGUGGGAUGCUAGGAAUGGGUUCAGUCCUCCAGUGGAAGAGAAUGUUCUUUGCAUGGAAAAGCAUCACCAGCGUCUGGCUUUCUUCUGUCUCAGUGACUCACAGUCUGGGAUAUUGAAUACUUCUAGUGAUGCGCAGCAUGGAUCAUGCCCAAUUCUUCUUUUAAAAAGUAAUAAUCAAAAGGGCACGAUUGGAUGGUCCAUUAUACUUCCAUUAAGUUGGGUCAAGGCCUUCUGGAUUCCUCUUGUCUCCAAUGGGGCUCACGCCAUAGGCUUGAGAGAGAAGCACUGGAUUGCAUGUGAAGUUGAAUUGCCAUAUUUUCCUUCAGAUUUCCCUGAUACCAAUGCAUACUCAUCUUUUAUGGCAACUGAAGCAACUACAUCUGAUGAAAAGGCAAAACUUCGUCCUCCUCCCAUGCAAGCUUUAAGAGUUCCCAUUCCACCUCCAUGGAUUAGUGUCCGGUCGGCUUUUGAUAAAGAAUCCACUAUUCUGGGAGACACUCAUCCUUGUGAGGAAACAUGUACCAGAGAUGUGGCAAAUGGUGAUUCAUUAACAAACUCAAACAAAGGAAGUUGUGAUAUAUCACUUAAGAAUCAUAAUAUCUCAUUCGAAGGAUUUGUAUCAAGGACAUCCCAUAUGUUGAGUUACUACUUGAAUGAAAUCCAUGGUAACCAUUUGCUUCUAUUUCCUAAGUUUCCUGAUAAGAAGAGUUUUUCUGAACUCAUGAUAGAUGAAGCCAAGCUUAGCCGGAACCUUAAUGGGGCUAGCCCAAUUAAUUAUGAACGAAAUUUAUGUUUCCUAAGAGUUCUUCUCCAUGCUUAUAAAGAAGGUUCCUUUGAAGAGGGAGCAGUUGUGUGUGCACCGCAUCUUUCUGAUAUAUCAAUGUGGACUUCCAGGUCCAGAAGUACUGAGACAGGGCUUCAAAUACCUCAGUCCUCUGUGAGAUCAUACUUUACAGAGCAAUCUUCUGGUAAGUGGGAACUCCAAAUACCAGAGGACACUGUUACCAGGGAAACUAAUCGUCAGCCAAUUGGAUUUGUCACAACUGGUUUUGUACGAGGAAGCAAGAAGCUGAAGGCAGAGGCUCUUUGUGAAGCAAUCUUACUUGCUCGUCUUAGAGAGGAGCAGUGGAAUGAGAUGCCCAUGAAGGAAAGGAGAAAGGAGAUAUAUGUCCUGGUUAGGAAUCUUAGAUCUACAGCAUACAGACUUGCUCUUGCCACCAUUAUCCUAGAACAACAGGAAGAAGACGUGGAGUUCAUGUGACCUGCUGUAUGCUCCUCAUGGGAAAAAGAGCACACUGGACAUAUCCAUCUGAAUGCCGGAGAAAAAUACAUAUAAUUAAAAAAUUCUCUGAGGGAAAAGAACAUCGGAUUUUAUGUGCAAGGUGGUUAUCACAAUCGAGGCAGGGUUACUUAACAUCAUCCAAGAAAGGAUCAUCGGAUAAUCGCCUUACCUUGUCAAUGUGUUUCAAUUUAGGCCCUCUAUUAUUUAAGGUCAGACUUUGUCUCCCAGUUCUCACAACCCCAUCCUCAAAUAAGGUACACUUCUAUGCUCUAGCUUCAAGCCUACUGUUACUGCAGUUCAUUUUGAAUCCAAGAUUGACUAUCCAACUAUCACUCUUAUCAUUAUCUCCUUCCAAAGAACGUGAAGUUCCCCUCAGCAUUAUCUGAACUUGUCUUUCAUGGGAAAAGUAUCCUCAUUACUUUUUUGAAUUCCAAGGUCUCUCACAGUCAUCAUAUGACCUCACCAAACUAGAUGGUAAUGCAUCCAUUCAAAUUCCUGUGUCUGCUUGAUUGCUGAGAAAUUAAAAGAGGAAUCUCCCUUCGGUUGUUGGAUCAAUGCUUUCUCUAAACGUGUCGAUAGACUCGAUACCAUGGUGUUUUGUAAUUAUUACCAUACCCUUCGGACUGCUGAUAAAGCUCAAUAUGUUAGUCAAUUUGAAGGGGGAAGGGAGAUCGCUUUCCUCGUAUUUGGAUUAAUCAAAUGAUAAGAAGAGUUAAGAGUGCC